GCAUGCGUUGAAAUGGCAUAUCUCACGACAUUUCUCUUCCAAACGACAACAAGAACGAGAACGAGAGGCCUCUCGAGAUUCUCUGUUUUCGAGCUGGAUAUCCGUAGUGACCUGGACAGAGACAUAGGCUCCCAGUCGCAAUGGCCCGAUUCUCGCUUCUUUGGGCCCAUCCGGAGAUCAACCCUCUGAACAAGAAAGCGCGCUCAAUCCCUUUCUUGAACCCUGUUACAGACCGAUAUGGACGCGUUUUCUUCUUCUCAUGGUUCGGCUUCAUGAUUGCCUUCUGGUCGUGGUAUGCCUUUCCUCCUCUUCUCGCUGAUGUCAUUGCCGGCGACAUUGGCAUGAAGAGCUACCAAGUCGCGAAUUCCAAUAUCAUUGCUUUAACUGCUACAUUGAUUGUCAGACUCAUUGCCGGGCCUUGCUGCGACAAAUUCGGACCUCGACUCACCUUCGCGGGAUGUCUUCUUGCAGGCGCCGUGCCCACCUUCCUUGCUGGAUGUGUCACUAACGCUAGCGGUCUCUAUGCACUACGUUUCUUCAUCGGCAUCCUGGGUGGUAGCUUUGUCCCCUGUCAAGUAUGGACUACUGGCUUCUUCGACAAGAACGUAGUCGGCACUGCCAACGCCCUCACCGGCGGCCUAGGUAACCUUGGCGGCGGCAUAACAUACUUUGUGAUGCCCGCAGUGUACAAUUCGCUCGUCCACAAACAACAUAUCGCCCCUCACAAAGCAUGGCGCAUCUCCUUCGUCGUCCCGGGCAUCCUCAUAGUCUUCGUCGCUACUUGCCUCCUCCUCCUCUGCGAUGACACGCCCACCGGCCACUGGAGCACUCGCGCCGCAGCCGUAGAAGAUACGCACUCCGUCACCACGGUCGAUAUCCAGGGCCGCCUCACCGACGCGCCGCACCUUGACAAAGAUACCACCCCGGGCACACCCACAUCGGAGAAGAAGAAGAUGCACGACACUGAAUCACAGGGCGCGCCCCUGGCGAAGGUCGAUACCGCCCGCGGCGAAAUUGUCCAGACCCCAUCCGCCUCCAAUAUCCUGCGCGUCAUGUUCAGCCUGCAGACCCUCGUCCCGGCAGCCUGCUACUUUUGCACUUUUGGUGCUGAACUCGCCAUCAACAGCAUCCUGGGCAACUACUACAUGAAGAACUUCCCCGCACUAGGGCUCCAGCAGACGGGCAAUUGGGCCGCCAUGUUCGGCCUCCUCAACGGCGUCACGCGCCCGCUCGGCGGCUUCGUGUCGGACCUCGCGUACCGUCGCGCAGGCAGUGUGUGGGCGAAGAAAGUCGUGCUGCACGCGUAUGGCGUGCUAACGGGCGUCUUCCUCAUUGUCAUUGGAGUGCUCGAUAGUAAGAGCCAGGCGACUAUGUUUGGGCUUGUGGCGGCGAUGGCGUUUUUCCUCGAGGGCGGGAACGGCGCCGACUUUGGGCUUGUGCCGCACGUGCAUCCCCAUGCGAAUGGAGUUGUGAGCGGGUUUACGGGGGCGGCGGGGAAUUUUGGUGGGAUUGUGUUUGCGAUUAUUUUCAGGUACAAUGGGAAGGCGUAUGGGAAGGUGUUUUGGAUUAUUGGGGUUAUGACGAUUGGGAUUAAUCUGGCGGUGAGCUGGAUUAGGCCAGUCCCUAAGGGGCAGAUCGGCGGAAGGUAGAGUCUGGAUUGGUAAAAGUUUGCGAGGCGUUCCGGACUGAGCGAUUUUUUCUUGGGUUCGAGAUAUCCCUGUACUCUACGAUGCUAUGGAAGUUCUUGAUAACGACAAAACGGAAAUUCAGCCAUUCGAGAAACUUGCUUUACGGAGACAUGAGUGAUGUUGCUCAUUUGCUGCUCCAUAGCCGAUGGUGCCUUAAAGUAUGGCGUCGUGCGCCUUCGUACACGCAGCCCUAGACUUGAUACAGUGUUACCAUCUCAUCUCCGAAGUACCCUUGAUUCGACGAGUCCGUUGUGACUGAU